UCAGUUUAAGCUCAGAAGAGCAAGUGAUUGCAGGCAUCAUCGUGGCACAGCUUUUCACUUUGAACCACUGCAGAUUCUCUUACAAGUAAACACUGAGUUGACCAGUCUGACCAGCAGAGCGAAAACAGAGCAACAGUAUAAUACAAGCUGCAAAAUGUCCCAGCAAAAUCGUCCUGUUCCUGCUCCAAGGAAAAAGUUUAAUCUUCCAUCACAUUCUAUGGAUGAUGAGCUGCUUAGCUCUAGCUCCACUCCACAGUCUGAGAGAUAUUCAAGGGAUUCUUCUGCACCACGUGUUUUACCAAGGAGUUUGUCGACACAAAAUGACACCGUCUACGACAAACAGCAGAAGAUGGGUAUGGAGAGAAUUAAAUUCCGACCUCCACCCCCACCAGCUAAGCCACCAAAAAAACAGCUUACAAAGGAAGCUGACAGCCUGGAUGAAACAUCUUCAUCUGAUGAGGAAAUGAAACCUUGGAGAGAAAUAACUAAAGAACUCCAACUUAGAGGAUCCUCAGAGAUAAUAGCCAUCAAUACUAAAGCUGUAAAGCUCUACAAAGCCAUUCAGAUGUACAUCCGGUUGAUAUCUGAACAUGGUGGGGAUCUCAAGUCUCUAAUCCAUGAGCUGAACAGCAUUUCUGACAACUUGAACAAGUUUUCAAAGAACACAAAGAUUGCUGGGAUAACUGGAGGUGCGUCGUCAGCAGCAGGAGGGGUAGCAGCAGCUGCUGGGGUUAUUCUGGCUCCUUUUACAGGAGGAGCUUCUUUGGCCCUUACGGUUGUUGGUGCCGGUGUAGCUGCAGCCGGCGGUGUCACUGGUGCAUCAGCAGCCAUUGCACACAAGGCGAACCUUAAUCAAGACACGAAGAGACUUGACAAAACAUUAAAUGACUUUAGUGUCCGAUAUGAUGAGAUUCUAACCUGCCUGAGAUACAUCAAUGAAGGCAUGGACCAGCUGAAGCAAUACGGUGUGGCUUUUCUCAACAAAACCUUGAUGGAUUCAAAGGCGGCAGCCUGUGCCGUGAAGCUGGCUACCGGAGAAGCAAGUGCCAUGGCCUCAGAGAAGAGCAGCACUGCUUCUGGAAUGCUGAAAGGCUUCGCAGUUGGUAUGGAUUUCUACUUCACACAAGACAAAGACGGGCAGAAGCUGAAGAAAGGUCUCGAGUCGAAGCUCGCCAAAAAGGUCCGCAAACUGGCGGAUGACCUUGAUGAGGGAUUGAAAGAGCUCAUGAAUAUAAAUGAUGUGUUCAGUAAGCAUGUUUAAUAACAUUCUUUUCCUACUGUAUGUGCCUGGGGUUUAAGUAAAGGCUGAGGUUUAGCAUUGGGGUAUGUAUAUUUACACAACUUUAAAAUGUUUAAUCAGGGCAGAUAUAGUAGUAUACACAGUAGGUACUGUGCCUUUAGUUUACUUAAUUUGAUUUAUUUUGUUGUCUCGGCCUGUUGUUUUUAUGAAUUUUCUUUUGAAUAAAGUAUGGAAGAUAAGAGUCAAGUUAACAUGAGUUCUGUUAAAUCUCUGU